AUGCGGGGAAGGUUGACCUUCCGCCUCACGCAGGUGCUCUCCGGACAUGGAUGCUUUGGAGAAUACCUGCACCGGAUGGGGCGGGAGCCGACACCGCAGUGGCAUCACUGCGGCGAGGAGGUGGACACGGCGUGGCACACACUCGAGGAGUGUCCGGUAUGGGCCGCGCCGCGCCGUGCCCUAAGAGUCGCAGUGGGUGAAUGGGACCUCUCCCUCGCGGCCAUAGUCGACCACAUGGCCUCGAGCGAGAGGUUGUGGAAAGCGGCGGCCACCUUUUGCGAGGAGGUUACGUCGCAGAAGGAGGCCGACGAGCGAGCCCGGGAAAGAGACCCGGGCUCG